UGUAGUCUCCUCCUCCUUCCCCUCCUCCUCCUCCUCCUCCUCCUCCUCCUCGUGCCUCCGUAUUCCCAUGCACCUACUCACCAGAAGGGGCUUUUUUACGCACCGAUGUUGGGGGAUAAGCAUCAUGGUAAAUGAAUGUCGGUGCGUUUCUUUUGUGCGCCGUGCGCGCGAUGCGCACCCAUAACCUGACGCGGACGGCAGAGAGGUUCGAUAAAGACCCUGCUGAGUGAUCACCAUGGCUGAUCAGUACAGUAUGUUUCUGACCACUGCGCCCCCCCUCCGUCGAGGCAGCACUCCUCUACCUGUCAAGCACCAGCUCAGGAGGGAAGAGGCCGUAUCGGAGGACUGCGAUUGGAUCCCAGGUUUGGAGGAGCCGGCCACGUUGCCUAUCAGUGACACAGCAGUGCCUCUGGAUGAAUCAUCGAGCCAUUCGGCGGCUGCCCAUUUGGUUUACCACAGCCAUGGCGGGGCACUGAAGAUAGUGCUACUUGGACAGAAUGGCGUGGGCAAGUCGUCACUCGCCUUAUCUCUGGCUGGGCAGACAGAUAGAUCCCUCUCCGUAGACUCGGAGACGCAAGCAUGCGGUGAAGGCUAUGAGUGCACAGUUACAGUCGAUGAUGAGGACAGCAAAAUGAUCAUUUACGACAACUGGAAACAAGACCUGAGCACUCUACGGUGUGAUGUCUGUAUCCUGGUCUUCUCGGUAACUGACAGACGAAGCUUCCACCGGACUGCCCAGCGCCGUCUUCUCCUCAGGGAGUCCCAGCCUCACAUGCCAAUCAUCCUGGUUGGUAAUAAGAGUGACCUCGUCCGCUCCCGAGAAAUCAGCACAGAGGAGGCCCAAUCCAGUGCUAUGAUGUUUGAUUGUCUCUACCUGGAGGUGUCGGCCUCUUUGGACCAUGGAACCACAGAGCUCUUGGAGGCUGCGGUUCGGAUGGCGAGGGGCGACUGUGUGGGCCCUGGCUGGACAGAUGGUGAUUCAAGGGCAGGCCGCAGGGAGAGCCUAACCAGCCGGGCCAAGCGUUUCCUGGCGGGACUGGUACCACGCUCGUACGGCCGAGACCGGGACAGAGAUCGGGGCCGCUACCGUGAGAUGAGCCACCACCGAGGCAGCAAAAUCUUCCGGCAGAAGUCUCGCUCUUGCCAUGACCUCAGUGCACUGUGACGCACUCUUUACAAAGGGAUACUCUCACACACAUGCACACACAGAUGGCUCCUUUCCACUGGAUGGUACCAGGUUGACUUUACUCUCCUCAGCUCUUUUUGCUUUUGCUAUCAGGUGCUAGCUUUUUCCACUGCCAAGUGUCAUACACCUUAUUCCUCAUAGCAAUGCAACAUGAAACUGUCGUGACAUCAUAAUCAGUGAGUAGCUUUGCUUUUGCAGUACAGUAUAGUACAGAC